CCUCGACCUUAUCUCUCGCCCACGACGGUUAUGUUACGAGCUGCGAAACGGCAGCCAGCUUGUUCUUGCAUAUACUCAUGCUUGUAUUCGGUUAGUAGUAUGUUUGCAGGAGAGGUCCUACUUUCCUUAUCUGUCGUCGUUGGCGUUGGUAAAAAUCAUCUUCCGAGUUGGCUGUAACCACAACAGAUUCACUACAUCCUUUCAUGGCUGGCAUAACUUCACUUCCACUUCCACUUCCUUCGUCUAAUAUUCUCUCUCGCUAACCCUUUCUCUUUCUCUUUCGCUUCGCGCUCGAGAUGGACACAGACGAGAUCACUGACUACUUGCUGCAUAGGGAGAGUAGGCUUCAAAGUUUCUCCCAAUCUACGCCUCGAGCUUCUAUGUCUCCAUCCGCUGGAGACGUAAUUCAGACCCCUGACUCGAAAGCUUCCGGUGGAUUUGCGAGUGUAUUCAAGAAUUUGACGGGCAAUCGAUCUUCGAAGAGCCCCAAUCCCCAGUCGCCGGCCUCCAUCGCUCAGCAACCAAACGGAAACAACGCUUCACAGCCAGCUAUACAAGGAGGACCACCGAAUUACGAACAAUUGUAUGCACAGCUGAAGGCUGAUAACCCACUACCCGAACGAAUAGCAGCGGCAGAGUCUCUGCGCCAUGCUGUACAGGAUUAUCCUUUGAGUGGUGUCACUAGUGUAUUCAAACAAGGAAAGGAUCUCAUUGAGGCAACGAAUACACCUGAAGCUCGAAUCGCCGGCUUCGAGCUCCUUACUGCUUGCGUUCAGCAGUCCACAUCCACCGAUCCGGAACGCUUGGCUUACUUCCGAGUUCUCACAGGGGCAGUGAACUCCGAUGAUUUUCACCUGCAACUCGCGUCCCUGGUAGCUCUGGCUAAAAAUGGAAAAGACUUGUCAGGAUUUUCAUAUGAGACACUUCCGCUUUUGAUUUUGUGGCUACGACAGACGUAUGCAAUAACGACAGCGGCCCGAAAAUUAGCUGGGCGUCAAAAUCGGUCUUCAAAAGGGAAAGCACCUCUAGGAGAAGAAACAAAUCUAGCAUUAUUGUUUGCCUUCAUUGUGGAUGUUAUCAAAUUCAGCUUCAGCGCAUCUAGCGUGGAAACAACAAGCAAGUUGAUUGACGUAGUCCUCUACAUCUGCGUCCAUACUCCGCUAUCAGGCGAUCUGAAGGCUUGCAUCAACGUCAUCGACGCAAUCGUAACCUACGGCGAUAUCCCGAGCUCAAAGCUGUUGGACUGUGUCAAGGUCCUCUGUUCAAUACAUUGCCUAGUGGAAGAGGUUCAACCGGAAGCAUGGCGCUCAAUUAGCAAUCUUUGCCAGUCUCACAACGGCCAAAUAACUGUCAGAAUUCUGCUAGACAUUCUCCGAAACCCGCCACUAGAUGGCGCUAAAGGCAAACAAUCCAUUCGUGAGAUUCGGGGAGCGUUAUCGGUCUUGGAAAAGCUCUUUGCCAAGAACGGUGAAGAUGGGUAUCCGCUCGUACCGUUCACCUUCCUCAUGCUAGCUCUCGAGAAGGUAGUGGCUGUCGAGCACACAAAGGUUGAGAACGAUGUGUUGCGCUUAGUCUUAUCUCUCUUCAAUUCCGAAACGGAAGCAGUCAAUAAUACUGUUAUGGAAGAAGAUUGGUCUACGAUGUUCAGAGUGGUCGUUCAAUGUUCUCGGCGAUCACUUGGGACAGCGGAUGGGCAUGUAAUCGCAGAUCGUUCUCGACUUAUAAGCCCUCUGGCCAAGGAUGAGACACCCGAGCAAUCUCUCACAACCAGCUUAUCCCAAUCUCUCUACAGUCUUAUUCUGAAAAUCGAAAGCUUGCUAGUUAUGCAUAUGGGCGCAAACUUCUUCCAACGAGAAGAUUGCAUCGAAUUCUUCGUCGCAGUCCAUAAAUUUCUCCCCGAGUCGUGUUCCAAGCUAGUCAUCGAUCACUACAUGGCCUCCCGCUACUGCUAUCCGACAGAUCUUCAGUGGAAGGAACACACAAAGAUAAUACUCAGUGCUUUCUUUAUUGACCGGUCCCAGCCGACCCACAUACGACUACACGCGUUGAAGGCUGUGACAGAUGUAUUCGAAGUCAUUGAGAUGAUGGAUGAGCAUGAAGAUCCAGACACCGUUCAGAUUUUUGUUACAUCUAUUCUCAACGAUGUUGGUGACGAGAAAGAUAUUUCAAUCUUGCAAGAAGUGGUGGCGUUCGCAGUAACUGUAGCAGAGAAUGCAGAUGAAACUCUCUUCAAUUAUGUUGUUGACGCAAUACGGGGAAGCAUUGUCAGCGACAGACUCCAAUCGCCAUUAGGGUCACCACCAGGGUCUAGACAAGGCUUGAUGAGCACGACUAGGCCAACGUCAGCAUUGAAUCCCAAUACUAUAACACAGACCCCUUCAAACGUGGUCACUCGAGGCCUAGUCCAAAUAUUCAUGAGGACAAUGGAUAUUUCUGCUUCGAAAGCAUUCAGGAUCUUCUCUGAAUUGCUGUGGAUUGCCAAGUCACACGAUUGUGAGACAGAUGCACGCAUAUCUGCUCUCAAGAUGCUCUUUCGAAUACGAGCAGAUUGGGCAGACGGAAUAUUUCUGACGCCUUUUACAGAGUCUGAUGGGCUCGCUGCGUCUCUCUAUCGCACACCUGCGUCUUUGGCAAGGAAACAAGCCACUGACGAGGCAGCUCAGCAGCACCGUAUGUCUCGUGUGGAAGAUUCUGGAUCUGCUCGCAUCUCACGCAGCACAUCUUUUGGACAAGGGCAUCCCCAAGCUCGCCAACCAUUUCGAUCUGGCAGCGGUGUGACGAGAACUUUACAAAAGAACCAUCAGAUGUGGAUGACACCCGAUGCAGACGCACUGCCUGAACCCGCAUCUGGCGAGAUCAGUUCGAUCAUAGUCUCAUUUCUUGAACCGGAGGACGGCACUAAGGCCGAUCCUGAUACUUUUCAGGCUAUCAAUGGACAGGGGGAAGAUACUGAGCUUGCAUCCGAGACCAAGCAUCCAACCACACCAUCUCAAAGUCGUCAAAACGCUCUCAACAUCGGGUUGUAUCUAGAGACAAUCACUGCCCUUAUCGCACACGGUUGUGAUUGGGAAGUAUACAGCUACAUCCUUGUUCAUCUGCCUUCUCAAUUGACGAAUCAGGCACUAUUCAAGGGAGCCAUCACGCAGAUUAAGUCUCUGAGAGAAGUCAUCUGUGAGCACAUCAAAAGCAAUGGCUUCCAGGAACCUCCACUGUCCUCGGGCCUUCGGAAAGCCGAUGUAGCCAUCUGCCUUGUCCAGAACAUGAACAUGGUAAUGAGCUAUCACAGGCACUUCAAUAAAGUCGAACAGGACGAGAUCGUUCGUACCUUCUUACAGGGUGUUGGGGAACGUACCUCGAAGUCCUGCAUUCAUUCUCUGUCAAUAUGUUGUCACGAACUUCCUGGAUCAACAAGCAAGGCAUUAGUGCAUAUACUUCAGAAGAUGUCCCAGAUCAUUACUCAGAGCCACGUGGCUGUCCACAUUCUCGAGUUUCUGGCUUGUCUUGCGAGGUUACCUGCGCUCUAUGUCAAUUUUCGAGAAGAAGAAUAUCGGAUCGUAUUUGCGAUAUGUUUCCGCUACUUGCAGUAUGUUCGUGAUCAACAAGAGAAAGAGAUAUCCAACCGCAACAGCACCCCUCCGGUGAGGACCUCUGGAGUCUCCUUGAGCAGUUCUCGAGGAGUCGCCGACAGCAGCCCUGCCGAAAGCAACUUUCAGCCGAACGCCUCUGAUGAUUUACCACAAUACGUGUACGCUCUGGCGUAUCACGUUAUCAUAUUCUGGUUUCUCUCUCUGAAGCUUCCUGACCGUGCUGGUCAAGUUAGCUGGAUCACAAAGAAUCUCGUCUCAACCGAUAGCAAUGGAAAAGAGAAGAUCGACGAACAAGCACAAGUGACUCUGGACUUCAUGCAAAGGGUGGCGUAUGCCGAUGUUGAUGAGUCGGAUCCUGAUCCUGCAUUUACCAAGGAGAAUUUCGGCGAGAUCAAAAAGAAAAGAUGGAUCAUUGGGAAUAGUCUCAUCACUGUCGAACAAGCAACUCGAGGAGACUGGGCACAGAUCACGAAACGUCAGCCUUCGGGAACCUCUUGCUAUAUCAUUCAAGAGAAAUUUAGCAGGCCGCCAGCUCACCAGGAACAAAUUCAGAAUGAUGUGAUGAAGGAUGGGCGCCAUUCCGAAGAGAAUGUCAAACUACCAAGUCACCUUCUUCUUCAAUUGACAGCAUCUAUUCCUCAAGUAGGGGAUGUCACGCGACCACUUCCUUUACCUGAUGAUGACUUCAUGGAUCGAGCUAUCAAGAACUUCAAUCGUAGCUUCACCGUGGACGGACACAAAGUUGGGGUGAUCUAUCUCGGGGAAAAUCAGACAAAUGAAAUCGAGAUCCUUGCCAACAUCCAAGGUAGUAGCGACUACACAGAGUUCUUAACGGGUCUGGGAACACUCACGAAAUUACAAGGGGCAAAGUUCAACACUCAAGGUUUGGACCGUCAGUUCAACUCAGAUGGCGAGUACACAUUUUGUUGGCGCGACAGAGUUACGGAGAUUAUAUUCCAUGUGACAACGCAAAUGCCAACAAAUCUGGAUCAAGACCCUCAGUGCAUUAGCAAGAAAAGACACAUUGGUAACGACUUUGUUAACAUCAUCUUCAACAACUCCGGACUGCCAUUUCGAUUCGAUACUUUCCCCUCAGAGUUCAAUUAUGUGAACAUUGUUGUCACACCCGAGUCGAGAGCAUCGUUCGUCGCUACUCGUAUCAGAUCGAAAACACAAGCAGACAAUGCCUUCUAUAAAGUCCAGGUCAUGAGCAAACCAGGAUUCCCCGAGAUCUCGCCCGCAGCUGAGACUAAAAUAAUGAGUCUAGCAGCUUUGCCUGGUUUCAUACGCCUGUUGGCUCUGAAUGCAUCCGUCUUCUCCCUUGUCUGGGCAAACAGGGAAGGGGGACAGCACGUGUCAUCGUGGCGAAACAGACUUCAGGAAAUCAAUCGCAUUCGGGACAGAUACAGUUCUAAGUCGCCCGGGUCAACACCAGCAUCUCCGCCUGGUACCUCAAAUGGUGUUGGGAACGUCAGAGACAGCCUGAGCAGCCUACGACGGUCAUCAGUGGCCAAUUUCUUGACUAACGCGGCUGAGCCGGUUUCUCAGCGUUCAUCGGUUCUGUCUACAGCUGAAACUGAGGUUGGGCCAGGCACAGGGGAGGAAAGUCUUGUGGAAAGUCUUGAUUUCUCAAGAUGGGCGUAAAUUGGUUGGGCGUAACUGGGGAUGGGAAAUACCACAAAAGUUUUGCAAUCUUUUUCUUCUUUUCAUCACAGGCGCUUUCUGCAUAGUUAGGACUGCAUCAUGAGGCGCAUAUGAUAUGUGGACAGUGGGCUGUAUAUUAGGCGCAAUCAUGGAAAGCAAUCACAAGUUUCCAGUCAGAUUCUUCAGGGAGGAAGCAAUGAACCGUCUUCGGAUGACUUGUCAUCUUUUAUUUCGGAUAGACCCAUGAAAACCUGCUUCCACUC